GAAGAACAAUAUGCGAUUGAUCAGCUCAUCAAAGGAUCCACACGGCGUGGCAUUGUUUCCAUUAUUGGAAUGCCUGGUAUUGGCAAGACAACUCUGGCUUGGAAAGUGUUUAACCAUCCAAAUGUUAGGGAUCACUUUCAUUGCCGUGCGUGGUGUACUGUUUCACACGUAUAUGAAAGAAGAGAACUGUUGCUGGAGAUUUUAAGUGGCAUUGUCGGGCUUACGGAUGAAAUUCGUCAAAUGACUAACGAAAAUCUCCAAUUAAAAUUGCAUCAGUGCUUACUAAGAAACAGGUUUCUCAUUGUUAUGGAUGACGUGUGGGAUGCUGGAGUUUGGAAUGAGCUAAGAAAUUCAUUCCCAGAUGAUGCCAAUGGAAGCAGAAUUUUGAUUACGAGCCGCCUUCGUGAUGUGGCCAUGCAAAUUGAACCAGAUAGUGAUCCUCAUUCUCUACGCUUAUUUUCUGAUGAUGAAAGCUGGACCUUAUUAGUAGAGAAAGUAUUCCAUGGUGAAGGUUGUCCCGAAGAAUUGUUGCUUGUUGGAAAGGAAAUUGCCAAAAAGUGUAAAGGAUUGCCUCUUGCUGUUGUUGCAAUAUCUGGUCUCCUCCAGAGGAUAGAAAAGAGCUCAGAAUCGUGGGGUAAAAUUGCAAAAAGCUUGAUUGCUGAAGUUAUGGAAGAUCCAAAUGCUCGGUGCAUGGAAAUCUUAGAAUUGAGUUACAAACACUUGCCGGGAUAUCUAAAACCGUGCUUUCUUUACUUGGGAGUUUUCCUUGAAGACAAGGAUAUUCCUGUUAGCAAGUUGAUACGGUUUUGGCUUGCUGAAGGGUUCAUCCAUGACUCUGAGUUGAAGAGCUUGGAAGGUAUUGCUGAAAGUUACUUGAUGGAGUUGAUUAGCAGAAGCCUGGUGGAAAUCUCCAAAAAAAAAUCCAAUGGAGAGGUGAAAACAUGCCGCUUGCAUGAUCUGUUACGUGAUUUUUGUCAGUUAAAAGCCAAAGAAGAGAACUUUUUCAAGGUAAUAACCAGGUCUGAUGAGCCAUAUGUUUCUUUUCCCAGCUCAGAUUUUGGUUUUGAAUUCGAUUUUGGCCAUUAUUCUGAUCGCGUAACAUAUGAAUCCUAUCGGUUGUGCAUAUUUUUGGAGCGAGAUCAUUUUUUUGAAUCAGUACCUUUUGGGCUGGGCACCCGCUCUAUAAUAUUCUUUCCCUCAACUGAUUCAGAGCCUAUAUGUCCUUCCGACAUCUCAUUCAUUUUGCGCAACUUCAAACUUCUGCGCACGUUGGACUUUGAAAUGAUCAACAUUGGUAUUACCUUUCCUGUUGAAAUAGGACUAUUGGUUCAUUUGAGGUAUUUGGCGGUUAGUGGGUAUAUGCGUUCUAUUCCACAAUCCGUGGCCAAUCUCCGAAAAUUGGAAACUUUUGUUGUGAAGGGGUUACGUGGUCAGGUUGUCUUACCAGACAAUAUGUGGAGCAUGGCAAGUUUGAGGCAUCUUCAUGUGAACAUGCAUGUUGCUUUCAAGUUGGAUGAUAAAGAGUUUGGCGGUUGCUGUGAGUUGGGAAAUUUGGUUAGCUUUUCACGUCUCUCUCUUUCUUGUGGUGAAGAUACAAAGAACAUAGUGAAGAGGUUGCCAAAUCUUCGUGAACUGAAAUGCAUAUUCUUUCACCCAUGGGAUUCUUCCCAGAAUUGUGGUCAGUUUCCAAAACUGGAUUCUCUAACUCGUUUGGUGUCGCUCAAUGUAUCUUACGUUGGGAGAGCUAUCACCAGUGAAUUCGUUCUCCCACCAAAUCUGAGGGAAUUGACUCUUUCAAACUUUCACCUACCAUGGAGCCACAUCUCAACAAUUGGGAGACUACCCAAUCUGGAAGUCCUCAAGUUACUUCUUGGUGCCUUUGAGGGGCUGGUAUGGGACAUGGAGGAAGAACAGUUCAAGGAACUUAAAUUCUUGAAGUUAGAUGAUCUGAACAUUUGUCAAUGGAAUGCCACUUGUGAUCACCUUCCCAAACUUGAACGGCUUGUCUUGCGAAAUUGCAAAGACCUCGAGGAAAUCCCGAAUGAUUUUGCAGAAAUAGGUACACUGGAAGUGAUCGAAGUGCACUGGUGUGGACAAGCUGCAGAAGAGUCUGCGAAAGGAAUCAGGGAAGCAGUUGGGGACAUCGAAGUCAUUAUUAGUUCACAUUUAAAAUGAUGAGCUUGAUUGUAGGUUCUGUUGUAUUACUCUACGAACUUGUAAGAUAAUAAAAUUUCAGCAACUUGUUCUUUCCUCGAUUCAGUUGUGAGCGGAUGUGUUUCUUA